GCUUCCGUCGGUCUCCAUGCUCGUGGUGCGCAGUCGGCGUCAAGCGACGCCAAGCGACGGACGUGGACGUAUGUCAGCGACGAGCGGCGCGGACCACCCCGGGGCAUCUGUCAGCCAGUGCGCUCGUGAGAGAGAGACGGAGCGAGAUGUACGGCGGCAAGGGGACGUCGCUGGGAUGCUGGCUCGUGUGGUGCUGCGUCUUCCUGACGUACCACGUGGUCAGCGAGGCACCAGCAGCCGGCGUUAACGAUGUCCUGAUAUUUACCGUUGCCUCCAACGAGACGGACGGCCUCCGGAGGUACCUGAGGUCGGCCGAGGUCUACGGAUUUCGCGACAAGUUGAACAUCCUCGGCCUGGGCGAGCCCUGGAAAGGCGGUAACGUUGUGAGAUACGCCGGCGGCGGGUACAAGAUCAAUCUCUUCAAGAGAGCCCUGAAGGAUCACCGGAAUGACGAGGAGAGGAUCGUCCUGUUCACCGAUAGCUACGACGUCGUAUUCCUCGGCGGUCUGUCCGCCAUCGUCGAGCGAUUCCUGGACACCGGCGCCCGGGUCUUAUUCUCCGCGGAGGCGUACUGCUGGCCGGACAAGUCGCUGGCGGCUCACUAUCCGCCCGUGUCGCGGGGCAAGCGUUACCUCAACUCCGGCGCUUUCAUCGGGUACGCGUCCGACGUGUACAAGAUCCUGGACACCGCGUCCAUCAAGGACGAGGACGACGAUCAACUGUUCUACACGACCGUGUAUCUGCAGGACGAGCUCAGGAUGCGGCACAAGAUCAAGCUGGACCACAAGUCCGAGAUAUUUCAGAAUCUCUUCGGUGCGGUAGCCGACGUGGAGCUCAGGUUCAAGGGGGAGGAGGCUUAUCUCCAGAACAUCGUCUACAAUACGGUGCCUCUGGUGCUACACGGCAACGGGUUGAGCAAGCUAGUCCUAAAUUCCUUGGGCAAUUAUCUGGCCCGCGCCUGGACGCCGAACGAGGGGUGUCUGGCGUGCUGGGACCGGAGCGUCGAGCUCGACAAGACCAGACCGGAAGCGUAUCCGGUUAUUUUAAUAGCCGUCUUCAUCGAGCGUCCCACGCCGUUCCUGGAAGAAUUCUUCGGCGCUAUCUAUCGUCAAUUCUACCCGAAGUCGAAGCUACAUCUGUUCGUUCACAACAACGUGCCCUACCACGAGGACGUGGUGAGCGAUUUCUUCGGGCUGAUCGACCAGGAAUACCUGAGCGCGAAGCAGAUAUUGCCGAGCGACAGCGUCAGCGAGGUCGACGCGAGAAAGUUGGCGAUGGAGCAUUGCCUGUUGAAGGAGUGUUCGGGGUAUCUGUCGAUCGACGCAGUCGCGCAUCUGGACAACGAGUACACGUUGAAGUUGCUGGUGGAGCAGCAGAGGGGGAUCGUCGCGCCCUUGCUCAUACGGCCGUACAAAGCGUGGAGCAACUUCUGGGGCGCCAUAACGGACGAUGGAUUUUACGCGCGGAGCUUCGACUACAUGGAGAUAAUAAAGAACGAACGCAGGGGACUGUGGAACGUGCCGUUCGUCAGUAACUGCUACUUGAUCAACGCGACGAUCAUAGCGAACAAGGCGACCCGGCCGUCCUACGAGGAUGGCGACCUGGACACGGAGAUGGCGUUCGCCCACGGCAACCGCCAGCGGGGCCUCUUCAUGUACGUCAGCAAUCGGCUGGAGUUCGGCCACCUCGUCGAUCCCGACACCUACGACACUCGGCUCACGUAUCCGGACAUGUAUCAGAUCAUGGACAACAAGCUGGACUGGGAGAGAAGAUACAUUCAUCCGAAUUACAGCGACAACUUCAAUCCCGAUAACAAGCCGAUCCAGCCGUGCCCGGACGUCUAUUGGUUUCCCAUCGUUAGCCUCAGGUUCACCAAGGAGCUCGUGGGACUCGUCGAGACCUUCGGACAGUGGUCGGACGGAUCUAAUCAAGAUUCACGAUUGUUGGGUGGCUACGAAAACGUGCCAACCCGCGACAUUCACAUGAACCAAGUUCAGUACGAGCAGCAAUGGUUGUACUUCUUGAAAGAAUACGUUAGGCCGUUGCAGGAGCUCGUCUUCACCGGCUAUUUUCAUGACCCACCGCGGUCCCUCAUGAAUUUCAUCGUGAGGUACCGCCCGGACGAGCAGCCAUCCCUGAGGCCGCAUCACGACUCUUCGACCUACACCAUCAAUAUCGCCCUGAAUCAAGCGGGGGUCGAUUACGAGGGCGGCGGAUGCAGGUUCAUCCGAUACAACUGUUCCGUCACCGACACCAAGCCAGGCUGGAUGCUGAUGCAUCCGGGAAGACUGACGCACUAUCACGAGGGGUUGCGGGUGACCGCGGGCACGCGUUACAUCAUGAUCUCCUUCGUGGAUCCGUGAUGAAAUUUUACUGUAAAUCGAUAAGUCGGACCACCGCUGUAUUGAAAACUGUACUGCCAUCGUAUCGAGAACGAAAGUGUGUGUGAAAAGAGGAGAGAAGGUAACGCGCGGUAUCAAAGAGAAAUGCAAUUCCACUUGGACGUGUUCACUGUUGUCGUCGGAAACGCUGGAAACGUCAAUUGCCACUGAUGGAUUGAAUAGUGCAUUUAAUAGAAGUGUGAAAGCUGCUUGAUGUAUUAUUUUUAUACUCCAACGUUAAUGCACGCCUCGUGCUUAACGAUAUUGCCAAUUUAUACAGAGAUGGAUAAAACUGGAAUAUACAUAUUGCGCAAUAUUCGUUGACAUCUCAAUUCGCCAGUUCUUUUAAAGUACACACGUACAAACAGAUAUAAUAAGAAAAUUUAUAACAAUAAAUGUUACUAAACAUGACAAGUAAGUA